AAUAGGUUCAGAUCAAUAAAACCAGGAGAAAACAUGGCUCAGAAUGAUACAGUGACGCUGAUAGGUUCUUGGUCAAGCCCUUUUGCCCUUAGGGCACGAGUGGCUCUACACUUGAAAUCUGUCAAGUACGAGUACGUAGACGAACCUGAUGUUCUUAAGUCAAAGAGUGAACUCCUUAUCAAGUCUAACCCCAUUCACAAGAAAGUCCCUGUUCUCAUCCAUGGCGACGUCUCCGUCUGUGAAUCCCUCAACAUCGUUCAGUACAUCGAUGAGGCUUGGUCCUCCGAUCCUUCUAUCCUUCCUUCUCAUCCUUACGAUCGCGCAUCUGCUCGGUUCUGGGCUCAGUACGUCGACGACAAGUGUUUUGAGUCGUUAGAUGCGGUGGCCGGAGCAAAAGAUGACGAAGGGAGAAUGGCUGCGGCGGGAAAGCUGAUGGAGUGUUUGGCUAUACUAGAACAGACGUUUCAGAAGAUCAGUAAAGGAUCAGGGUUCUUCGGAGGAGAAAACAUCGGCUACCUCGACAUUGCAUGUGGGACACUUUUGGGUCCGAUCUCCGUGAUCGAGGCGUUUUCCGGCGUCAAGUUUCUCCGGGAAGAGACAACACCAGGAUUGAUCAAAUGGGCCGAGCGGUUCAGGGCACAUGAAGCUGUUAAGCCUUACAUGCCUACUGUUGAAGAGUUCGUAGCAUUCGCAAAGAAGAAGUUCAGUGUUCAGUGAUGUGUAUGCUUCCUUCCAAAGUUGUAGUAAUGUGUGUUGGUACUUGGUAAUGAAUAAAUGAACGAAUGAAUAAGAUUUGUCUUCUUUGAGAGCUUGUUUGAAGUUAUCUGUAUCUGCCAAAACAGAUGGCCACUUGGAUUUUUCUCUCUAUCUCAUGUGAUUAGUUGGUCUU